CCUGAGUUUGCGCCUCCUGUGGGGAAAGAAAGAGAGGUGGAACCACUAACCACUCGUUACUUUCCCCACGUCAGCGCCAGGUUUGCUGUCGGUGUUGGGCUGGCGAAAAGCUUUCCUUCUCACAAGAUGCUGAACAUGUGGAAGGUUCGGGAGUUCGUCGACAAAGCUACCAAUGUGGUGAUGAAUUACUCUGAGGUGGAGUCCAAAGUCAGAGAAGCUACCAAUGAUGACCCUUGGGGGCCAUCAGGACAACAGAUGAGUGACAUUUCAAGAGCAACCUUUAUGUAUGAGCAGUUCCCAGAGGUGAUGAACAUGCUGUGGACCCGCAUGCUGAGAGACAACAAGAAAAACUGGAGGAGAGUCUAUAAGUCCCUACUACUGCUUGCUCAUCUAAUCAGGAAUGGAUCAGAGCGGGUUGUCACUAGUACCAGAGAACAUCUUUAUGAUCUGAGAUCAUUAGAAAGCUACCACUUUGUUGAUGAACAUGGUAAAGACCAAGGGGUGAAUGUGCGCCAGAAGGUAAAGGAGUUGGUGGCGUUUGUCCAGGAUGAUGAAAGGCUGAGGGAAGAGAGGAAGAAAGCAAAGAAAAACAAAGACAAAUAUGUUGGCGUGUCUUCCGACACUCGAGGAUACAGAGGUUACUCUUCAGACAAGUAUGACUUCAAUGAUAGCACUCGCAAGUGGGAUGACGACUGGGAGAACAAAGGGCAGUACGCUUUCAGCGAUAAACUGGGUGAGAUCAGCGACAAGAUUGGAAGCACCAUUGACGAUACCAUUAGCAAGUUUAGGAAGAAGGACAGAGAUGACUCACCAGACCGAUUUAGUGACAACGAGGAGGAUCGGGGCCGCUCAUCUCAAAACGGCAAGUCAGGCAAAGAGUUCAAAGAUGAAGAAGAGACAGUUACCACCAAAAGUGUACAAAUAGUCCAAGCAACAGAGACUACAGCUACCAGAAAGAGAGGUGGUGUCCCAUCUAAAAAAGUGGACUUGGGGGCAGCAGCCCAGUACACAGGAGACAAGAGCCCAAACACCACCACCACCACUAAACAGCCUCAGUCAGCAGCACCACAGCCUUCUAGUAGUGGACUAGUUGAUCUAUUGAUGGUUGACACAACACCUUCAAAGCCUGCUCCCACAGACUUUACCGGUGGAUUUGCUGACUUCUCUUCACCUGGUGCUUCUGCUGGUCUUACUGCAGGAUCUGUCGCACCGGUCUCCAGCAGCAAUGGAGAUUUUGGAGAGUGGAAUGCAUUCCCUGGUGGCCAGAUGCCAGCAUCUGCUCAGUCUGUUGACACCAGUGGAAAUGACCUUUUUGGUGCCAUGACUGCAAGUCCUGCCCCCGCCCCAGUUGCCGCUGCGGGCAACAAUGCGUCCUCAGCAGAUCUUUUUGACAUGAUGGGGCCAACUCAGACGUUCACCUCCUCUCAGAGCCUCAACUUCAGCAUGAACAGUACACAAAGCAUGAGCGCCACAGGCCUGCCUCAGUCUAGGUCACAGCCAAUCCACAACUUUGGGGCGCCUCUUCAACCGCAGACUGCUCAGCAGGGAGUCCUUUCUCAAGGUGUUGCAGCCAAAGAUUCCCUCCCCUCCACUUGGUCGGACCACUCUGUGAACAUCAGCCUUGACUUCCUGGGUCCAGGCAUGCAGGCGCCCAAGCCCAGUCAACCCACCCUCAACACACUCCAACAAGGCAACCAGGUGGGCAUUAACUUGCUCCCCCAAGGAUUUUCCACAAUGAGCCUUGGACCCUCUGGAGUCAGAUCGCCUGUGAAUCCCAUGAUGCACCCUGGUGCUGGCAUGAACAUGGGCAUGGUCUCCAACCCGGGCAUGAUGGGGAUGACGCCCAACAACGCAAUGAUGGGGAUGGCGAUGACUCCCAAUCAAGCCAUGAUGGGCAUGGGCAUGAACAUGGGGAUGCAGCAGGGGGGCAUGCCAGUGGUCAUGCCAGGUGCCAUGGGGAUGCAUCCAGGAAUGGUCCAACAGUCCAAACAUGACGCCUUUGCUGACUUUGGUAACUUUGGGAAGUGAUGGCGCUACAGAGCAGAGAAGAUAUCUGAGGGCUUGUUAGUGAAGGAUUAUGAGCUUCAAACAAAGAGUACUUGAAUCAUGUCAACACUCUGCAAUGUCCUUAUUUUUAACUAAUGAUGCUGUCAGUGAAAUGGAGCAAAGUGGACGCGUGGGUGGAGUUUGAACCAAUGAUAAGUGCCGUCAUCACACAGCUUUUUGUCAAUUGUGUGCCUUGCUGGUUAUGAAUGUCAGGAGAUUCGCUUUUACAACCUCAAUCAAAUGAAAUCACCAGAAUAGCAAAAAUGUUUAUGCAUCGGUUUUUGCGAUGCCUCCUCUAACUUUAUUGAGAAGUCAGCUAUUUUAACUUUAAUAUAUCAAGUGACCUAUUUUUUCUUCUGUCUUCCUUUUAGCCUGUAAAUACCUACGCCAUUUUAAGUUAUGGAGAUUAAACGGUUAUGAAGAAGAUUAACGGGGUGGUGACAAUGUGUAGAGUUAUGUCAUGCAAGAAAACUGUUCCAAAUUCAGACUUGGAGCACAUUGUUACCUUUUUCUUCCAUGUUGGGUACUUUGGAAGCCAGCUUUGUGUCUUUUUUAUCAAUCAUUGCAUUAUUUUUUUUGAGAUUUCCACUAACAGAUAUCAUCAAAUCUCUUUGGUACUAUGUGUAUAUAUAUAUAUGUAUGCCUAUAAAUGCAUAUAUGCAUAUGCAUAUAUAUAUAUAUAUAUAUAUAUAUAUAUAUAUAUAUAUAUAUAUAUAUAUACACACACACACAUUAUAUACUUCUAAAGAAAAGUAUAAUCAUUUAAAUGAGAUAAUCAGUGGUUGGAUGUUUUGUUUCCAAUUACAACCCGGAGUGCCUGGAAACCUUUGCCUUUAUCCCUUGAGUUAACGUCCUGAAUGGAGACAUGACCAUGCAGUGUUGACAGCAGACACUAUUAUGUACAAAUAUUUUUGUUUGUACUCGUGCCUCAAGCCAAGCUAACUCUGUACAGAAAACCAUUGUCAUAAUUAGUUCACGUAUGAAAUUUGAAUUUAUACGCUUCUUUUUGUUUUGGGUUGAUUGUAAUUCUGUUGGCGCAGACUGUUUCAAAUGUGUGCUUUAUAUAUAUAUAUAUAUAUAUAUAUAUAUAUAUAUAUAUAUAUAUAUAUAUAUAUAUAUAUAAAAAAUAUACACAUUUCAGAACAAUCCUGUUGACUUAGAACCGGUGCUGAUCUGAAAGCACUGAUCCUCAACUGGACCAAGUGCCUCCUGACCCAUGAAACUGUAAUAUCAAAUAAACCUUGGGUGCCAAUGAUAUAAAUAAUUCACUGGCCAGAGUACAAGGAAGUAAUCCUGCAGCCUCCGGGGGGCUCUGGAGGCCUUGCUCUACAUCGUAGCCUUUUAUCGCCGUCUGGAGCAUUACAAUGACCAAAAUUUGUUUUCUUUCAGUCGUUUUGUUGGAUUUUUUUUUUUUUUCUACUUUUGAUCUUCUCUCAAACAAAAAUGGGAUUGUUACUGAAACACUAGUAUAUGCAAAUAUUAUGAAAGAUAUCUUUGGAGAAAUUCUGCAUUAUUCCAGUUUUGAUUUACACAAAAAGAUUACCUAUCUACAACAUUAAACAGUUGAUUAAAAUGA